UGAAUUCAAAUGCGAAUCGAGCAAUGGUAACAUUUUGGAAAAAGACGGAGGAAAAACAGGAUAUCAAUGGGAAAAAAUAUCACAUCCAAAGGUUGUAAAGCUGUCAAACAUGUACAUUCAUUCGUCGUAAUGCAAUGCAGUCGUUCUAACAUUUGGGCUCAAGGGAAGGACUACUGAAAAUUUGGCUGAACUCAUCUUCUGCACACAUACAAUGACUGCUGCCAAUCUUAGGCUUCAGUUUUUCUCUCUUUCUACUAAAGUUUCCGACAGUUUGAAAACCAAUACAUGCUUAUUCUUCUCCGCCAACUUUAGCUGUAGUUUCCCCAAAAUUUAUUGCAGCAGAAGAAGAAGUAGUGGCAGGAUAACCAGUCCCCCAGUCGACUUGAGCAUCGACAAAUUAGAGGCAGAUGACUGCUCAGUUAAUUAUAGCAGAUGGAAAUCAGUGGCAAAAAGAAAAGUGGCAAUGCGCGUUGGCUACGUAGGAACCAAUUUCAAAGGUUUGCAAAUUCAGCGGGAUUCUGCUCCUACAGUCACAAUCGAGGGUGAAUUGGAGAGAGCUAUUCUCAAGGCAGGAGGAAUGCUUGAAAGUAACUAUGGAAACCUACAUAAAAUAGGAUGGAGGAGGAGCAGCCGGACAGACAAGGGGGUACAUUCUCUAGCUACUGUGAUAACACUCAAGAUGGAGGUCCCUGAUGGUGCAUGGGUAGAUGACCCAGAUGGUACAGCACUUGCAGAGAUUAUUAAUCAAUAUCUACCAUACGAUGUACGGGUUUUCAGCAUUUUGCCAAUAAACAAGGGCUUUGAUGCAAGAAUAGACUGCACUAGCCGAAAAUAUAUGUACCUUCUUCCAGCUGAAGUUAUUGGAAUUGAAAAUAACUGCAGCCCAGAAGAAAUAGAACGACAUGUCAGAGAAUUCAGAGACAUAUUGCAGAUAUUUAAGGGGAACCAUCCUUUCCACAAUUAUACCAUUCGUGCUCAUUACAGAAAACGCUCAUCGAAAACUCUUGUUAAAGUUUCAAGACCAAUUUUUUCUGUUGAGGAAGGAUCAAACCAAGAGUCAAAUGAUUGUAAAAGAAAGCACGGAAAUUCUACAAAGGAUGGUAAUAAUAUAGAAGAAGAAAGUCUCACAGAUUCGAGUGACAUUGAAGAGGAUCUCAUGAAUUCCAUUCAAGACAGCAAAUGUGGGCCAAAUAUGUCAAGCACACCAGAAGUAUCUAAAUUUCCUUGUGCAAAAUGGUUGCAUGAGCAAGAUGAGGCUGACUUAAUAAGUGCUGCUCAUUUCAGAAAAAUCCUCUCUUGUACUUGUGGGGAUCUGGAAGCAAUUGCAAACGUACGGUACAUAGAGAUCAGCAUUCAUGGAGAGUCCUUUGUGUUUCAUCAGAUUAGAAAAAUGGUGGGAACGGCUGUUGCAGUUAAGCGUGGCUUGCUACCACAGGAUAUCAUCAAGAUUUCAUUAUUACGUCAUUCUCGGAUUGUCCUACCUCUUGCCCCUUCAGAAGUUCUUGUUUUGAGUGGCAAUGAGUUUUAUAUUCCUGAGAAAUUUCGUUCUUGGGGCAUACCCUCCAACUCUGUGUCUGCAAGGUCUGAGAUUUCAAGGUUGACAGGAUCUGACAGUAUACAAGAUAGAGUUGAUGAUUUCUAUUCAACUGUGUUAUUGCCAGAACUUGCAACUUAUUUGGAUCCAUUAAAACCUCUAUGGAAGGGAUGGCUGGAAAGACUUGAUAUGUCUGCUAUUCCAGAUGAAGAGAUGAAUAAAUUGAGAAGAGCUUGGAUCCAAUGGCAGGAGAAUCAUGUUUCUAGGAAACAGGAAGUAAGCUAAGAAUUUUGGUUUUGGUCUGUUUGUUGCGUCUAUUCAAGGAUUCAUAUCAACUAACCAAAUUUUGAUAGCAUAAUGAAUAAGGUGUGAUAACAUUAGCAUUUAGAAGAGAAUAUUUUAAAUAUAAAGAAGAAAAGUUGGUUCAUAAUAUGAACACACAUAUUUUUGGU